AUGAGCAUCUUGUGCGCGGGCAGGAGCCGCGCGGCCCCUGUCGGGGAGGUGCAGAGCGCCCUGCAGAGCGCGCCAGCCGGAGCUCUUCCCUGGAGGCCGCACUGCCUGCGCUCUCCGGUCCUCGUGCCCCGCUGCGCGUACAGCCUGCACCGCGAGCUCGAGCUGGGCGUGGUGAUGCGCAAGUGCUUCUGCGCCGGCCGGGAGGCCGCGGCCAUGGACUGCGUGGCCGGCUACGCUCUGUGCUUGGACGUGACCGCCAGGGACAUGCAGGAAGAGUGCAAGAAGAAGGGGCUGCCUGGGACUCAGGCCAAGAGCUCCACGGCCUCCUGCCCCGUCAGAGUGUCGGUGCCCAAAGAGAAGAUUCCUGACCCUCAAAGCCUGAAGCUCUGGCUCAAGGUCAAUGGCUAA